AUGGCUUCGGCAACAGUCCCCAGGAAGCUCUGGGAGCACCCAGAUCCCAAGAGCACAGCCAUGUACAAGUUCAUGCAGCAAACCUUCCAGGACCUGCACCAGUACAGCAUCAGCCAGCGCUCCGCGUUCUGGUCGCAGAUCUUUGACUCGUCGGGCUACAUCUACGAGGGGAGCUACGACCGGCCGGUCGACGAGUCGGCGCCCAUCGACGCCGUGCCGCGCUGGUUCGAGGGCGUCCGCGUCAACUUUGCCGAGAACAUGCUCUACCCCAACGCCAACGCGCCCGGCUCCAAGAGGGACGCCGACGUCGCCGUGACGUCGGUGCGCGAGGGCGGCGGCGAGCUGCGCGAGGCCACGUGGGGCGAGCUGCGCGCCGAGGCGGCCAAGGUCGCGGCCGCGCUGGCGGCGAGGGGGCUCGAGAGGGGCGACCGGGUCGUCGUCGUCGGGGCCAACAGCGUCGAGACGCUGCUCGUCUGGCUGGGCACGAGCUGGCUGGGCGGCAUCUUCAGCAGCAGCUCGACGGACAUGGGCGUCACGGGGAUACUGCAGCGGGCGGUGCAGGUCAACCCCAAGUUGGUGUUUAUGGACGACUCGGCCAUCUACAACGGCAAGACCAUCGACCUCCGCGACAAGAUGACCGAGGUCAUGAACGGCAUGAAGGAGUGCAGCAACCUGUCGGGCAUCAUCUCGGUGCCGCGCUUCGCCAAGGCCAAGGACGUCUCGCGCGUGCCCCGGGCCGAGACCUGGGCCUCCUUCCUGGGCGGGCGCGAGGCGGGCGCGCCGCCGCCGCCGCCGUUUGUGCGCAUCCCCUUCUCGGACCCGUACCUCAUCUGCUACUCGUCCGGCACGACGGGCAUGCCCAAGGCCAUCGUGCACUCGGUCGGCGGCUGCAUGGUCAACUACUUCAAGGAGGGCCACCUGCACGAGCGCGUCUCGCGCGACACCGUCGCGAUGCAGUACACGACGACGGGCUGGAUCAUGUACGUCGCCGCCGUGGCCCCCUUGCUCUUCGGCGCCCGCGCCGUGCUGUACGACGGCUCGCCCUUCCAGCCCGACGCCCGCGUGCUGGCGCGCCUGGUCGAGCGGCAGCGCGUCACCAAGCUCGGCAUCAGCCCGCGCUGGAUGUUCGAGUUUGCCAAGGCCGGCCUGGCGCCGCGCGACGUGGCCGACGUGUCGAGCCUCGAGGUCGUGACGAGCACGGGCAUGGUCCUGUCGGACCAGCUGUUCGAGUGGUUCUACGACCGGGGGUUCCCCGCGCACGUCCAGCUCGGCAACAUCUCGGGCGGCACCGACAUCGCGGGCUGCUUCGGCCUGCUCAACCCGCUGACCCCGGUCUACGUCGGCGGCACGCAGGGCCCGUCCCUGGGCGUCGACGUCCGCAUCUUCGACUCCCUGCAGGAGGAGGAGGACGGCGCCGCGGGCCGCGAGGUCGACGCCGGCACGCCGGGCGAGCUCGUCGCCGCGCACCCCUUCCCCAACGUGCCCUGCUUCUUCUGGGGCGACGGGGAUGGCCCGCCGCCGGGCCCGCGGUACCGCGCCGCCUACUUCGCGCGGUUCCGGCACGUCUGGGCCCACGGCGACUUCUGCGCCGUGCACCCGGCCACGGGCUCCAUCGCCUUCCUCGGCCGCGCCGACGGCGUGCUGAACCCGUCCGGAGUGCGCUUCGGGUCCGCCGAGAUCUACGGCGUCGUGGAGCGGCGGUUCGCGGACCGCGUGGCCGAGUCGCUGUGCGUCGGCCAGCGGCGGCCCGGGGUCGACCACGACGAGCGCGUCGUGCUCUUCCUGCUGAUGCGGCCCGGCCACCGGUUCGACGGGGCGCUCGUGCGGGAGCUGAGGGAGGCCAUCUCGCGGGACCUGAGCAAGAGGCACGUGCCCAGGUUCAUCUUUGAGACGCCUGAGAUUCCGACAACGAUCAACGGCAAGAAGGUCGAGUUGCCCGUCAAGCAGAUCGUCUCGGGCCAGAAGAUCAAGGCGAGCGGCACGCUGGCCAACCCGCAGAGUCUAGAGUACUACUACCAGUUUGCCCAGGUGGAGGAGCUGGUGGAUGCGAAGGGGAAGCUGUAG